AUGCGGCGGUCCCUGUUGGUCCAGGACGUCAACCGAGCCCUGGUUGGUCCGGGGAAGGAGGGUGCGGCAGGCCGGCUUGGCCUGGUGAUUGGAAAUGAAUGCGGGUAUUGCCUUCGGGACUUGAGCGAAGAGGUCAAGGCCCGGCGGAGGAGCAAGCGGACGUUACUCCAAGCUAAAAGCAGGGCAUGCAUAACAUACGAGCUUGCGCGCCCUCGGACAGGCGCUAGAAGGUCACACCCGCAGGCACCCCAGGCGCGAGUGACCUCUAUCCCGUAUCCGCGACUACCCGAAGCCAAUCGCAACAUUGCGGAGACGGCCGGGCGGGUCACCGGCGGUGAUCUAUAA